UAUUCUGACGUCAUUUACAGGCGACGUGUGUUCUGUUUUGCCGUCCACACACGAGAACGUCAACGUGGUGUACGAUUUUAAAACUUGUUCAGUAGUUUAAUAUAGAUCAACUUAAAAAAGGUGUUUUUUGGUAACCCUAAAAAUGACCACCGAACUGUAGCGCGGUGUCAGAUUAACAGAGCAGAGUUAACGUGGUAAGAAAGAAAGAAAGAAAAUAUGUUUAACGAAGAGGGAGAGUGGAGUGAUGAAGAAGAGGCUCAGACACUGAGUAAAUCUGUCUUUAACAAAACGCAGAAGACAAACACAAGCAGUGAUGUCAAGCAGUCGAAGAGUGUUGGUAAAAAGAGCCUGAUGCGGACACUGCAAACACUGGGAUCAGUGCCAGACUGGAAGAGUGAGGAUCGGCAGCAGGGCAGUGACAGUGAGGCAGAAGUUUCAUCACCACCCAGUAAGAAAAAGAAGAAGAGAAGAAAAAAAAGAAAACAUAAGAAGACAUCAGACGAGCAUCAAGAAAAUGGAGACUCCGGUCAGCCCACGGAGAAAAAACCAGUGGCAAAAAAAAGCAAAACAGAUGAAGAUGGUUCCCCAGAAGUUUAAACAACUGAGGAGACAAAAGGAAAAGGAAAAAUUAAAUCUAUCAAAGCAUUAAACACAAAUGAACCAGAAAACAGUGAGAGACUGAAUAGAAAACAAUGGAAAAACAAAAUGAAAAACAAAAGGAAAUGCACAAAUAAAUACCGCACAAACAAUCCUGAGGUGGACGUGAAUAAACCUGAUUCAGUAGUGAUAGAUGAGCCGGAAGAAGUGGGAGAGCCGUGUACAAUCAACAACAACAACAACAACACGCAGAAGAAGAUAAAGGAGACAAAAUUAAAUUCACAGAAAAGGAAAAAGCCUGACAAAGCAACUGAUGCAGCCCGUGUACCAAAAAUACACCGUCAAACAGAGGAGAAGAAGCUGUCGGAGGAGGAGAAUAAAAGUAUAGAAGGCCACAAACCCACACAGGUUGAGACUGAUUGUCAAAAUGUACCUGUGAAAAGACUAAAACCGGAGUUAAGUAAAGAGCAGACUCUGAAAAGGGAGAAACUGAGAAGAAUGCUCCAGAACAAGGACCCGGAGAAGAAAAACAAACCGGAAGAAGAACAGAAGGACGAGCCAGUGGUACCAGAGGCAACAGAGGUGAAACUGGACCGAUCUGCCUCCCUCAGGUCCCGCAUGGAAGAACGUUUGGAUGCUGCCCGAUUCCGCUACAUUAAUGAAGUGUUGUACAGCACGACCAGCGGUGAGGCCAGGCGCAUGUUCAGACAGGAUCCAGAUGCUUUCUGGAUCUACCACAGAGGGUACACCUCACAGGUCCAGAGGUGGCCCAGCAAUCCAGUGGACGCCAUCAUCACAUACAUACAACAAAGGCCACCCUCUCUGGUGGUGGCAGACUUUGGUUGUGGCGACUGUAAAAUAGCGCGAAGUGUGAAGAACAAGGUGCACAGCUUCGACCUGGCAGCCACCUGUGAGCUCGUUACAGUCUGUGACAUGGCCGACGUUCCACUUGAUGACGACUCUGUUGACAUCGCGGUCUUCUGCCUGUCCCUGAUGGGCACCAACCUGGCAGAGUUUUUAUCAGAAGCCAACAGAGUGCUAAAGAUGAGGGGCAUUCUUAAAAUAGCAGAAGUGGCAAGUCGAUUUGACAACGUGAGGAACUUCAUGUCUGCACUGGCCAAACUGGGAUUCAAACUGCUCUCCAAGGAUACAGAGAACACUCAUUUCUACUCCUUUGAAUUUGAGAAGACUGAGGACGCGUCAGGAAAUGUUGGACUUCAACUGAAGCCUUGUGUGUACAAGAAAAGAUGAGAACGCUGGAAUAAACAUUUAUAAAACAUCUUUACACAAAUUGAUGUUAAACUGAUUUAUAUACUUGGUGCAUUUCUUAAACAACCCAACCCUUUUAUGACUGUGGGAUUUUUCUGAAAUACACCUGCUCACAUAUGUUCCUUGUGGCCACUUUCUUUUUUCAUAAUUGAUUUUUGAGAGCUUGUAUGUUCAGUAUUGUCAGCCUUGUAAAGUCAACCUGUACAUGUGAUAUGGGAAAAUAAAAUGUAAGUGCACUAA